CGAAAUCAUUUCAUAGUCACUUCCCUUAGUUUUCUCCGUCUCUCUGUGUCUCUUAAAAGGCUUAAGCUUCUUAUCUCUCUAGAAUCUCUAAUGGCCGCCUCCACAGGUUCUUUGAUUUCCAUGCAAUCUCGUCAUGGAAUGGCCACAUCCAGGAUCUGUAGUUUGAAGCCAGUUUCACUUUCAAAUCAAGGAAGAAGCUACCUGUCUUUUGGGUUGCGGUCUGUGCCAGCUCGCAGCCUCAGGGUUUCAUGUGCUGCCAAACCAGAAACAGUUGAAAAGGUGUGUGAGAUAGUGAAGAAACAGCUGGCAUUAGCUGAUGGAACUCCUGUUACUGGGGAAUCCAAAUUUACAACACUUGGGGCUGAUUCACUUGAUACGGUUGAGAUUGUGAUGGGGCUUGAGGAGGCAUUUGGUAUCAGUGUUGAAGAGGAGAGCGCCCAAAGCAUUGCAACUGUUCAGGAUGCUGCUGAUCUUAUUGAGAAGCUCGUCGAGAAGAAAGAUUAGAGGAAACGAUGAUCAGACUUGGAGAUCAUUUUUCACCUGCACUUAUGUUUCUUGUUGGUAGAUGGAAUGCUAGGCAAUUGUGGUUAUGUUUUGUUGGUUUCUUCUAGAAAAACUCAUAAAUCGCCAGGUUGUGAACUUAAGUUGUGUUUUCAGAAACGAACUUGGCUUUUCAUGCUUCAUAUUGAUAGACCUUUUACGUGAUGUAUUUUACAUCGCAUUAUUA